AUAUAUAUAAGCAUUGUGUGUGCUUUACUAGUGUCAUUGCAGCAGUGUACAGAGGACGCGGCAACCUGCCAAUACUAUUCCCAGGUCACGUACGCAUUAGCAAUACAAUUGCCGUGAAAUGGCCGCCAUAAUUAACGCAGCCUACAACGUCUUUCGCCACGUGUUCUAUGAUCUCAGAGACACGAGAAGUGACGACUGGUUCCUGAUGAAUUCUGUAUGGGCGCCUCUAUCCAUUAUAGCGUUCUACCUUUAUUUUGUUUUGAGUCUUGGUCCGCGGCUAAUGAAGAAUCGUCCUUCGAUGAAACUGGAUAAGGUUAUUAAAAUAUAUGACAUAGCGCAGGUCAUUUUAUGCACUUACAUCACAGAAAGGUCCUUGACAGUGGGAUGGGCGCGCAGAUACAGGUGGUUCUGUGAGCCGGUAGACUACUCGAACUCUCUGCAAGCUUACUUGGACAUGAAGACAGUAUAUACUUAUCUUCUGGUUAAGUUGUUCGACCUUCUGGAUACGGUAUUUUUCGUGCUACGAAAGAGAGAUAAUCAAGUGUCAUUUUUGCAUGUGUAUCACCACGUGGGUGUCUUCCUUGGUACCUGGGUCAUCAUGAAAUUCUUACCAGGAGGACACGGGACAUUUCUUGGAACUGUCAACUCCAUCGUACAUGUUGUUAUGUAUACCUACUACUUCGUAACAAACACUUGGCCAGAAUACAAGAAGAACAUCUGGUGGAAGAAAUAUGUGACUCAGCUGCAAAUGGCCCAGUUCCUGUUAGUGGCACUGCACGCCGCUCCAGUGCUGUUCAUUAAGAACUGCGACUACCCGAGAGCCAUCGCAGGAUUUAUGGCGUUUCAGUACUCCUUCAUGUUCCUUCUCUUCUGGGACUUCUACAAGAAGGCGUACAGGAAAAAGACCGAGUAACCUGCACUGCACAGCCAAUCGCGCCAUUGCCGUCUUCGCUGUCAGGAUUGAGCGACCCCCACAUCGAGAUGAAAUUGAAGCAAUUUGUGGAAAUAUCACAAGAGAAUUGAAGAAAUGUGAUAAUUUCACGGAUUAUGUAAUUAUCUUAUGUCAAAUGCUGAGUUGUUUAGAGCCGCACUAAGAUUGUAGCCAGUGAAUCGUACAGUGAACUAGAGCUGUCAUUUAGAUCUACAGGCCAAAUUUGUAAACUGAAAAAAUUAAAGUAACUUAAGUUAUUUUCUUUAUAAAUUUUAAACCAGUACAUAUUUCUAAUACCAAUUUUUUUUAAUAUUUCAUAAGUCCUGGCCUUGUACAUGUUGGUUAUUUUAAUUUUAGAAUGUACUGUUCAAAUAUAGUUUGUAGUUUUGUCUAUAACUUCUCGAAUCUGAUCGAGAAGUAAAUGCAUAUGUAGGUUGGCCACAUUUUGUAAUUAACUGUAUUAAAACUGAUAAAACAAAGUUUCUUAUCUUUUA